CUUGUAAAAUUUUGUUAAAAGUCCCUAGAAACGUGUGCAACUUUUAUUUCGUUAUUGGAUAGGCUGCUCUCGCCCAACUGGCAGAAUGUGAUUCGUUCGCUGAGCGCUUUCGCAAAACAACUUGGGCCGGUCCUCCUUUUGCAGCGUCGGCAGUAAAAACCACGUCAUUCCACCCAACGACUCCCCCUUUUCCCUCCCAGUUGGACCGACGUCCACAGUUUUGAGGCGACUUGCAAACCAGCUUUUUGGAUCAGAGACGCAAAUCAUGGUGACCGGAUUUCGACUGAACUUGUCGCCGUUGAAGGAGCCCCUGGGCUUCAUCAAACUGGUGGAGUGGCUCACGGCCAUAUUUGCUUUCGGAAGUUGUGGUGGAUACUCGGGGAAGAACAUCAUAUCUCUCGGCUGCGGCGACGGCACGAAUGAGACUCUCGAUGCCAACUUUCACUACCCAUUUAGGUUAAGCCAGGUCCCGCUCAUCGAGACCAACGCCACUGUUUGUAACCACCUCGUCACCACGACGCACCUGGUGGGAGACUCCGCCUCCUCGGUGGAGUUCUUUGUGGGCGUCGCCGUCGUCUGCUUUCUGUACAGCUUGGUUGCUGUGUUGGUGUAUUUAGGCUACAUGCACGUCUACAAGGACUCCGACUUUGGACCCAUUUUCGACUUUGUGAUCACGGCGAUCCUGGUUUUCCUGUGGCUGGUGUGUUCGUCGGCCUGGGCCAAGGGCCUGCAGAACGUGAAGGACGCCACGGACACCCUUGGCAUCAGCAACACGUUGGCCCUCUGCAAGGGGGGCAACGUCACCUGCGAGGUGACGGAGUUCGCCAGCAUGAGGACCCUCAACAUCUCCGUGGUGUUCGGCUACCUCAACAUGCUAGUGUGGGCGAGCAACGGCUGGUUCAUUUAUAAGGAAACCCGUUGGCACUCCCAGAAGAUCUCCUCCUCUCAGCCUGCCGCAGCUGGAAGGCAACAGGUCCCUGCAGCCAUGUAACACACCGCGUAGAGCACAUGCACAAGUGUGUGUAGUGUGCAGACGGUAUCACACAUGCACAAAAAAUACAUCUUUAAACAGGGGACGAAGAGGGAGACUAAAUGAAGGAUGUUUUGAUAGAUGGCCGGUUGAAAAACUGAUAGAAAUUGAUAAAAAUUAAUCAUAUGUGCGUUUUCUUAGCCCAAAAUGCCAAGGUAAUUUCUUGCAUAAUCUUGGCUUUACUUGAACAGUUCUGAAAGCAAAGAAAAGGAUUUCCUCUGCAGACGUGGGAGGCUGGGGACAAUGUUCCUGCUAAGUUUUCAUGAGUAGAUUAGCCUUGCUCACUUGUUAUUUCUUACCUGUUUCACAUACCAUCACACCAAUGUAAUGGUGAAAUCUAACUGCUUGAUGGUUUCUCACGCUUCAGUAAGCAGAUACCUGCACAAACAAUGACCAAACUAUUCGGGAAGAUGCGUGUGGCGGCUGGACAACGACUUCAUUCAUUAUGGUUUACAUUACAUUACAUGUCAUUUAGCUGACGCUUUUAUCCAAAGCGACGUACAAUAAGUGCAUUUUAGAGAUACAAACUCAGAAGAACAAAUAACAAGAAAGUACAUUUUUCAUCAAAUAAGCAGUUUCAAAACAUGUUAUAGAAAAGUGCCAUUAUGAGUACAAUUUAAGUGCUAUCAUUUGUUAGUGCUACGGUUUGCUAGUGUUUAGUGAUGAGAAUGUAGUGAUAAAAAAUGUCUUGUACAUCUUUCGCAGACAGUAUAAUGCCAACGUGUUCGGGUCUGUGGUGCGAUAUGAAGCAUAAUAUCUCCUAUUACCACAUCAGCAUUCGUUGUCAUUUAUUGGCACACAGCAAAUUGCAUUUGGGGAAAACAUUUGCAUCUGUGUUUAAUGAGUUGACGUCUUUCCUAUUUUGUUCAUGCAUAUAUCCUUUCUUAUUAUUAUUUAAAGCGCCUUGAGUAUCUGCAAAAUGUUUCGCUCAAAUAUUCAUUCAUUCAUUCAUUCAUUCAUUCUUUCCAGUCAGCCAUUUGCCCUCCAGUGGUUGCUAGCAGGAAUGGAAAUGUCUGGACAAACGUACACUUAGGAAUUUUACAAAUGAAAGUACUUUGUGAGGCCCAUUGAUGAGGGGAUUCCACGUUAAUGUCAUCACCAGUCACUGAUUUCCUUUAGAAAACUAAGUCCAUGCGUACAAGGAGACAGGUGAGACAUGUUAAACCUUACAAACGGUGUGAAGUGGCCCCUCCACCCUAAACACCAGGAGACGGUGUUCUUAUCACAACGUGCACAGUGUUUACUGCGGUGCUAUGCGGUACCAUGGGAGUGUUGCCCACUUCAUUUAGAUGAGGAAAAUGUUGCAGCGUGAGUGUGUGAUCCUUAAAUUCCUGUGUGUCUGAAGAUUUUUAUUUUAUUUAGUAGCAUCUCUGGUACCAGAUGAAGGUUAAAACCCUUUACUUGAUAUUUUAAAAGAAAAAUACUUUCAAUGUUCGAGGCGUCUUGUUUAAACACUCCCUUUUUCUGCAUCGCUGUUAAACUGAAACGGCUCUGCCAAAGAUCUCGUGUUUUAUCUUAUUCCGUAUCUUCAUGCGUUUUCCAAUCAAUUAUUUUGUUGUUGUAGAAAAACAUUUUUUUUAACUGUGUAGUUUUAAAAUCAUUAUUGAGACGCCUAGCUGUGAGCUGGUGUUGUGUUUAAAAAAGCUCCAUUCAACUUUUUCUAAAUCUUUCUUUUCAUUUUCUGUACACGUUAAUUAUUAUUUGAAGGAAUUCUCAUUUUCUUUUUUUAUGUAGUAAAAAUGUAAAGUGGGAUGAUGAUUCAUUUACGUGACUCUGCCAAAAGACCAAGUGAAAUGAAUGUGUGUGGUGUACUGGUGACACCUCUGCACUCUUGUAAUCAUCAUCCAACUCGCUGUAUCUUUGUCAAUGUUUGCAAUGACUUUAACCUGCCAACCGUGUUUUCAAAGAGAGACAUUUGUUCUCUGUCAUAUGCACACCUUGUUUUUUCAAUAAAAAUGAAUGAU